AUGAAGAGAUUUUUAAAAGUUCUGACUUCAAAUGAAUCCAAAACUGAAAAAAUUGGUGAGGAAUUUGAAUAAAAGUACAAAAUUAUAAUCUCAUAGGAUACUAAAAUGCUUUUAUUUAAUUUUUAUUUACAAAUGGCUAUUUUGAGAAUAGAAUACUAAUGA